AUGAACGGAGCUCCUCAUAAACGCCACCACGCCGGACGCGACGCGGGUGUGGACGUGGUCCGAACGCCCUCCCACAAGAAAGCGCGGACGCUAGUGACGCCGCAGACGGCGACGCGCGUCGCCUCAAGUAGCAGAAGCCACAGCAGCAGCCACAGUGCAUUCCGGCGACAUGCUGCGAGCAAUCCCGAGUCCGAGGAGAUCGAGGAAGAGGAGAUGGAGGAGAUUGAACACGUGCAAGAGAUGCAGAGCCAAGAGGCUGAAGAGGAAGAGGAGGCGGCCAUGCCCCUCGUGGUGUUCCAGUGCAGCACGUGUCGCUCCAUCUUCGGAGACUCCUACGCCUUUGUGUGCUCCACUGAGGAUCUGUGGCUUGUGACGCUGAGUCACGUGACCAAUGUGGCGCUGUCUCCGGAGGUACAGACGGCCAACACGGGGCUGGAUGCUGGCAGCUCGUUCUACGAGUUGUUGUGUCACAACUGCCAGGCUGUUCUCGGCCGCAAGUAUUUAACGACGCCAGUGGCGCUGGACGGCAUCAGGGACCUCUUCAGCUUCUCCACGGAGGCGAUCACGUCGUACACGCUGGGGGACCCCAUGCAACAGAGUGAAGAUGCAGCAGACCAGCAAAUGCUGCAAGCUGCGGCGGCGUGUAAUGACACGAUGCAGAAGCUCGCGGCGGAUCGGAGCGAGCUGGCGAGGCUGAAAGACGAGAUGGAGAAGGUCAAGGGGCUCAUGGUGACGGUGGACGACCGAUUGGCGCACCUUGAAGGAGCGGAACCGGCAGAGUCCGAGGAGGAAGCCGAGCAGGAACAGGAGCAAGAGGUGACACAACAGGGAAGCAAAGCAUAG